UCGAUAUAUUAAAAGCGCGGAAUCCCCGCGGCGUUCGAAAAACCCGAUCGAACGAGCUGUUCCUCGCCAGUGCUCGUGGUAAUCAAGAUCUGGUUUGCCGUGCUUGCGACACCUGCACGCGCCUUUGUUCCGAUAAGAAAAAAAAAAAAAAAAAAAAAAAGCUCUCGCGAGUACGCAAAGAGGAAGAAAAAGUUGUGCGCGCGUAUAUGAUUGUGGUUUCGUAUACGUACAGUGGCCCCAUAUACAUAUAUCAACGAGAGGUGAUAAGUUUAAGAGGGAGAGAACAAGUGCGCGCGCGACCAUGAGGAGGAGUAGCUACCACUCGCUGGCGACGCAGCAGCCGAGCGAUAAAAAACCCGGUGGUAGCAGCGGCAGCAACAAACGCAGCAUCUUGAACAACGCGGCCUACAGCAUCUUCACGUCGAACGAGAAGACGAGGAAUGGGGUACCGAACGGCACGACGCGGCGCGUAAAUUACAGCAGCAGCACCCGCGCGACCACAACCACCACCACCAGCAGCGCCAGUAGUUUUCUUCAGCGCAGCGUAUCCGCCGACAAUGUAGUGGUGCGCCAGCGUGGUUUCAAGCCCUCCGACAGACACGACCCCAACAAACGCAACUUCCUCGAGAACCUCACCUCGAAGAUACUGCACUUCGACAUGGAGAGUGGGAACACGACCCCGAUGAACUUGCAGAAACUGCUCACCCCGGCGACGGACUCUACCGAGCUGUUGCAAGUGAAAAACAAAAAAAUGUACGCCUCGUCGUACUUUUACGCGCCGAGUCAUCCGACGGUGGAGGACCAGGUGGAGCUGGCGCGCCGAAUCUCGAAUUCCCUGAGUGACAUCAAGAACGUGAAGAGCAAGGGCCAGUCGAUGUACGUCAACAGGAAGAAGCGCUCGGUCCAAUGGAUUCACGACGGCGCGGAGGAGGAUGAGGAGCCCCCGUCUCCCAAACACAAGGAUAAGGUGCCAUUGAAAUGCAUGAUGAACCCGUGCGGCCGAGUCUUGGACAUACACGGGAUCCAAGCGCUGGGCGAGGAGGUCAACAUGCAAGCGAUGCCCGAGCACCCGGAAAAACUCUUCGACAUCGUGCGGGACUUGAACAACCAAAAGGGCCGCGGUGCUGAAAUAUUCGCGAAGCGCAGGAAAAAAUCCGAAAAGUGGGUCGUCGACACGGAACAGCUGCCGCCAUCACCAAGUACCUACAACUUCGGAAAGGCACCGACUUACCCAACGAAGCCGGUAUUCGUACAAAGAACCAAAUAUUCUUAUUCUGAGAGCGGCGCGAACGAGAACUCCAAGUUCGAAAGCAAGCCGUUCUACAGUCCGUUGGCCGAUCGACCGAUGGACUACUCGAGCCCUCUGAUCUCCAGCUGCGCUUACCAGCAUCUGCAGCAGUAUCCCCUGGCGUGCAAUUUUGCCCCCAGCCACUCGGACUGCGGUCCGUGUCACGCGGAGGUUAAGAAGAUUUACCUUCGCGAGGUGGCCGUGGGUACCGAACCCUCGGAAAUCGCGAACAAACCGGUCCCCGAUAGCAACGGCAACAGUAAGCCAUCACCACGUCGCUCGAGCCUCGAGGGGUCUUCCCAGCGCGGCCCGCAACGCGCCACCAACGGCGCCAGAACCGCCCGCAAGCAGCACCAGGCGAGCAACGGCCACCACUACCACCACAGCAGCCACCAUUACCACCACAACCACCACCAGGCGAACGGCAACGGUUACCAGCCUUACCCGGCAAAGAGGGAGGCCUACCGCAGCCACCACAAUUACGGCUUUAGCUACCACAACGUCCACAAGCCGUUGCAGCACAGCCAAUCGCUGAGCAACGGCAACGGCUGCUACGCCCAGCACCAACAAAACGGGAGCAACGGGCACAAGCACAACGGCAACGAGAACGAAGAGCAGCUGAACGAGGAGUGCGACGAGGAGGCGAAGGAGGACUACACGCCGGUGCCCGUUAAACAGCUCAUCCAAGAGUUCGAGAAGACAUGCCGGCCGGUCGGCCACUACAACGGCAAGGCCCUCGCCCCGGACACCUGCGGCGUUCACCAGAGCGACAUAUCGCGCUUCUUCGAGGCGAGGCGCGAGGUUGCCUAUCACCACCAGCACUACCACAACAAUAGUCAUCAUCAUCAUCAUCAUCAUCAUCACAAUCGGCGGGGCUCCGUCGGCAACGGUAGUGGCCGUCAUUACCGAGGCAACGGGUUUGCCAGCUCGGCCGACGAGGAGAACGACGACGAUGACGACGAGGAGGAGGAGGGGGCGCAAGAGGACGACGACAGAGAGGACGAGGAGGAGUCGCUCGAUGAUUCCCUGUCGCCCGUCGACUUUUACCGCGUCGACGAGCGCCGGCACUUUGGCAACCAGACGGCGACGACUGUAGCGGCCGGGGGCGCUAGAUCGGCGUCCAUGACCACCUUGGACGAGUACUACAGGAGGCAGUUGCUCCAGCGAGGCUCGCCGCCCGCUGAUGUGCCCGCGGAGCAGAGGAAAGGGGGGGACGAGCCGGCCGGUGGGGUGGGACCCGAGGUUUCCGAGGAGGACAUACUCGCGGCGAGGAAGCAGCUUAAAAGCACCACUGUUCUGGAGAACCUCGUCGCCGGCACCACGACCCCGGAGUGCUUCAAGAAGGAGUUCACGGAGGAAGUAGCUGGCAAAUUGUAUGACGGCACGUAUCACGGGCCAAAGAUCAACAGCUACCAGAACCUCAAGAACUACAACACCGCGCCGAGGGGCUGGGACGGCUCGCAGCCCGUUUAUAGGCCCAUCAGGUUCGAGAAGCCUCAAGACACGAAGAUCGUUUACUCGGAUUUUUGAACGCGCACCCAUCGAUUCGCCCAUUUUUUUUUUUUUUUUUUUUUUUUUUUUUCCUCUUCUCAAGCUUCAUCCGCGGCAAAUCGACAUACUUCAUCGUCAAUACCGAUAACAUUGCAAUUUACUACACAUCAAACUCACACAAGUCGAUCAUUACUACUGAGACAUAUGUGCAUUACAUGUAAUAAAAAAAAAUAAAAACAUAAUAACAAUAUUGAUAAAAAUAAUACAUCGAAACCGAUCUCGCGCCACCACCUCUGCAGCAGAAAGAGAGCCAUUGAAUGAGCUUAAUUAUUUCGACUUGAAGAAAUUGUAUCAUAUACGACAGUCGUCUCGUGUAACACUUGUAUACCUAUAAUGUAUGACGUUCGUCCGCGGCGAAGCGCCAGCUCGAUCUACAAUUGUCCAAGAUGGUCCUGAACAACAGAGGAAAAAUCAGCACAAAAUAUUCGAAUGGAAUUUAACGAUUUGUGGAGUGGAACUUUGCAAAAGAGUAUAAAAUAUUAAUGAAACAGACUUGAAAUCUAAUAUUUGCUGAAAAAUAAGUUGAUCUUCGAUGGACAAAAACGCGCACAAACAAAAAAAAAAUUUAUAUUUAACUGCAAAUCACGUGCUAUUAUUAUGCUAUGUAUAAUACGCUUGUAAAAGCAAUUUGCCGAUCGAUGUUAUUUUAGCUACUUGGUGUGUAUAUUUUUUCGCAUAAAAGUUAAAAGAUAUCAUAAACUCUGUUUCACCACGAUUGGCAUGAAACUCGUUUUAUUAUUGUCAUUACUAUUAUAUUGUUAUUGUUGUUUUUUUUUGUUCCUAUACAUUUUUUCCAAAGCUUCGUAAUAACAGCGCAUUGAGAUAAAAUAAAAAAAGCGUAUAGUUUUAUUUGUUUUGUGCCCAACGAAACGUAUAAACUUGUUGAAAUGCGUUCAUCUAGUGUUGAUUAAAAAAUAAUAAUGUUGUAAGAUAUUCUAAACAAAUAUAUAUUUUUCUCGCAGAGAAACGUGUUAUCGGUGAUUCGAUGGAAUUGUAAAAACCAUAUUUACGUCUGUUAUUAAUUUUGUAUAAGGUUUUCAUUUAAAAUAAUUUAUUUUUUUGUGAAAUCUUGUGAUAAGAAUAAAAUUACUAUGAAUGUUGAUAUGUCAAACAAGUAUUAAUACAUUUGUCGAUGUACAUUGUGACAUACAUGUUAUAAUAAAGAUAAAUUUCAACGCACAAAAAAA